CUGUUUGCGAAAAUGAUUUGUGUCACAUUUUAUACAUUCUAGGUUGCAACGUUGUAACGCUGCGAGGCGAGAAGUUUCGUCAGGUUCGUGUAGAUAUCUCGAUGACUGUUGUCAUUGGGAGGAGACCUGUUUUGCCACCCCCUUGCUGGGCCCCGCGUUGACCUGCCCUUGCACGGUUUUCCCGGUUGGGGAGUGUUAUACGCUGGGAUGAUGUUGCUGCCUGUGACCGUGCGGCUAUAGAGAACGACACAGCGUUAACUCACAUAUUAUGGACAGAAGGCAUAAUGACCCUUAUUUACACCCCAAUUCCCAAGGGCCGAUGAGCAUGCCCCACUCCCAUGGCCCUCCAAUGGGCGGCAUGGUGGGACACCCCUCCGUCAUCAGCACCUCCAGGACCCUUCCAUCCCCAAUGAGCACCCUGGGCGCGCCCAUGAAUGGCCUGGCAUCGCCCUACUCCGUCAUCACGUCCUCCCUGGGCUUGCCCUCCACGCCAGGGAUCAACUUCGGAUCGCUCCACAGUCCACAGAUGAGAGAGAUGAACAGUGUCAGUAGUUCAGAGGACAUCAAGCCUCCUCUGGGUCUCCAGAAUCUAGGGGACAUCAACUACAACUGCACCAGCCCUGGAAGCAUGUCCAAACACGUAUGUGCCAUCUGUGGAGACCGAUCAUCAGGGAAGCACUAUGGCGUGUACAGUUGUGAAGGCUGCAAAGGCUUCUUCAAGAGAACCAUCCGGAAAGACCUCACCUAUACGUGUCGAGACAGCAAGGAGUGCCUGAUAGACAAACGACAGCGCAACCGCUGUCAAUACUGUCGCUACCAGAAGUGCCUAGCCAUGGGCAUGAAGAGAGAAGGUGUGUCGGUGCAGGAGGAGAGGCAGCGGGGGAGGGAGCGGGGGGAGAACGAGGUGGAGUCCACCAGUAGUUUUAAUGAGGAGAUGCCCGUCGAUAAGAUUCUGGACGCAGAGCUUGCCGUGGAACCCAAGACAGAGACGUCAGCAGACGAAGGCCCUGGCAACUCGACAAACGACCCAGUCACCAACAUAUGCCAGGCAGCAGACAAACAGCUGUUCACCCUGGUGGAGUGGGCCAAGAGGAUCCCUCACUUCUCAGAGCUGCCCUUAGACGACCAGGUUAUUCUACUACGAGCAGGCUGGAACGAGCUCCUCAUCGCGUCCUUCUCACAUCGUUCUGUCACGGUAAAAGACGGAAUCCUAUUGGCCACGGGUCUCCACGUCCAGAGAAGUAGUGCUCACAGUGCCGGAGUGGGUUCCAUCUUCGACAGAGUCCUGACAGAGUUGGUGUCUAAGAUGAAAGACAUGCAGAUGGACAAGACAGAGCUGGGCUGCCUGCGAGCCAUCGUCCUCUUCAACCCAGAUGCAAAAGGCCUGUCAAAUCCACCAGAGGUAGAAGGGCUGAGGGAGAAGGUCUACGCCUCGCUGGAGUCCUACACCAAAGCCAAGUACCCAGACCAGCCCGGCAGGUUUGCUAAACUGUUGUUGCGUCUCCCCGCCCUGCGCUCCAUAGGCCUCAAGUGUUUGGAGCACCUGUUCUUCUUCAAGCUGAUAGGAGACACGCCCAUAGACACCUUUCUCAUGGAGAUGCUCGAAGCGCCACACCAAAUCACAUGACACGAGUCCCACUUCCCUCUGUAUAUACUCCCACAAUGUAAUUGAUAUAAAGAUGAAACUUGAUUCAAGUUGUAAAACAGAUGUAUUUUGUACAAAGAAACAAAUUAUUAUUAAUGUCAACAAUUUGUAUUUUUGGGGGGUACGAGGAACAUCUAGUUUAAGGGAGUGGAGUGGGGUGUAAAAAAAAUACACUGUUAAAACACAAUUCUAAUAAAAUUUUGUAAAUAGAUAAUUUCAGGUAUCCAUUUUAAAAGCAACCCAAAGCAAUAUUGAAAAGAAUAUUUUAUUAAAAGAUUACUUGUAUAAAACUGAAAACCGUCCUUAAGUUUCUAAAAAAAAUGAAUUUUAGAAUUCUUCCAGAAUAAAAUAAUAUACAAUUUGGA